AUGGCAUCUUAUGAGCAACUUAAUUCUUCGGCUAGUUCUACAGCCGUGGGACAAGAGCAAAUUACCGCGAUCAAGCAGGGCAAGAAAGACGGUGGUAUCAAGAUUGUUGCCAAAAACAACCCUGUGACCUCAGAGAGACUCCCAGCCGUAUAUGCAAAUCAAUUCAUUGAUAACCCCGGCGUAGCACGAGGGAAUGUGGCCGCAUCGGUGGACACACCAGACGGGGACCGAGAAUGGGCAGGCAAAGUGAAAGACUACACACCGCUCCAACAGCAUAUUCUAUUCUGGGACUCGGACGGAGACGGACAGAUCUAUCCAUGGGAUGUCUAUGUUGGGUUCCGAGACCUGGGGUUCAACGUAAUCUUCUCCAUCUUGGCCGUUCUGAUCAUCAACAUCAACUUCUCAUACCCGACACGCUUGGCACAUAGUUGGCUUCCUGACCCAUGGUUUCGUGUAUACGUAUCAAGCGUGCAUAAAGCGAAGCACGGCUCCGACAGUAAUACAUACGACCCAGAAGGACGGUUCAGUGCUCAGCAUUUCGAGGAUAACUUCUCCAAGUUCGACUCUGAUAAUGAUGGCGCCCUAACAUUACGUGACCUAUUCUCCCUCACGCACGGGAAUCGAUGUGCGGCUGACCCGUUCGGGUGGGGAGCGGCGUUUUUUGAGUGGGGGACGACCUGGCUUCUCCUCCAGAAGAAUGGUAAAAUCUACAAGGAAGAUCUACGGGGAGUGUACGAUGGGUCUAUAUUCUUCAAGAUUCGCGAGAGCAGGCGAUCUAAAUCUGGUUAA